AUGAAGAGAGACGCCAGGGGUAAUCCAAUUGCCACAGUGCAUCGGUGGAGCCGACCGCCGUUAUCAUGUCAAGCUUGUCGUGAGAAGAAGCGUCGGUGUGAUCGCGCCCAGCCGUGCUCAAAUUGUGUGCUCAGAAAUAUCCCAUGUGAAUACUCUGGACAGAGUCCGGACGGUUUGAGUGGCCCAGAGUCCUCCCAAGGUCCCAUUUCAACUACAACCAGCCAUGUUGCUGCAAUGAGGCCCACAAACUGGUCCGAGCCAACUCCGAACAAUUCCGAUGAGAUGUUAUAUCGAAUAAGAAGAUUAGAAGCGGCCUUUCUUGGAAAUUCCAAUCAGCAUCAAGGGCCUGAAGUAAAGCCCCAGGGUAUUUUCCCAACUUCGAAUCCAUCUUCAGAUCAGACUACUGUCUCUCAUUAUGUCACCCCGUUCAGUGCUCAUCAUAUGUCCUCAAAUGAAAGGGUAUCGGAUUCGCCAGGCAUCAUUGAAAUUGCAAGGCAGCUUCCACCCUUACGACAGGCCAAGGAGCUGUUCAAUCAUUUUGCAGUCACUCUCCAGCCCACCUAUGGAGUUCUUCAUGUCCCUUCAUCCCGCCUUAUGAUGGAAAAGGUGUAUGAAUGCAUUGUCGAGGGUGAGGUACCACAGGCAGCGGACUUAAUGCUCCUCUUUAGCAUCUUUGCAGGUGCCGCUUUGGCCUGGACACCGACACUUUUGGAGACGUUGAACGCAACAAUCGAGGGGGCACAAGCGGCCUUGACAGCAUAUAGCCGGCUCGCCUUCGUCAUCCUGGAUCAUCCUUCGCGGAUCAUACAGCCAUCGACGACCGCCCUUAUAGCCAUGGGUACCCUGGGCCAUAUAAUCAUGAAUACAGAUGGCUUUCCGUCCCGUGUUCAGAUUCUUCGGCAUUAUUGUUUACUUAUGUCGAGGGAAUUAAAAAUACAUCGAUUGGAUACAGCGAAAGCCCGCGAGGAACGAAGACUGAAAGGAUGCGACAUGAUUGAUGUCGAGGUUCAACGACGGGCGUGGUGGAAUAUGGUAGCAUCCGACUGGCUUAUGUCGUUCUGUGGAGGUCCUCAAGAAGGCGCAUAUAUUUUUCAACCCAAACAUAUGAACGUGAAUUUACCCAGCAACACGGACGAUGAAUUUGUUACGAGUGCUGGAAUCCAGCAAGAGUUUCCAAUGUCUGUACCCACGUCGAUGUCUGCUUUCAUUACUCGAGUUCAGGGCGCAGAUCUCUGUCGUCAAGUGAUCGAUGCUCUCCCGUCUAUUCUACUCGACUCUCAAGAACCAGACUAUAGCACCAUCCUGGGGCUAGAUACUAAGAUCCAUGAUCAUAUCGCCAGCCUUCCUGUUUAUUUCCAGCUGGACCCAGAAAGUAUCGAGCAGAGUCGACAAACAUGCAAAGAGCGACCUUAUAUUGCUUGGCAGCGGAUCACCGUUCAUUUCAGCAUCCACACCCGACUUUGUCGAUUGCACCGACCCUAUCAUCUAGAAGGUAUAACGAACCCCAAAUAUGCUUACUCACACAUGGCUUGCAUCCGUUCCGCGCAUAAAGUCUUAGAACUUCGGCGCGCGAUGGACGAGGUGGCUCCAGAAGUAGGGCUGAAAGCCGCCCGGUUCUGGACCGUCAUGCAUCAUGUCUUCUUUGCCGCUCUGAUCCUGGCGAUAGAUGUAUCAUUCAAUCCCUCUGCAUCCGAUGCUGAGGCUCGGAAAGCUCAAGUGAUGAAUGCGUACGAAACGUUGGAACAAUCCAAGCGAGAGUCCAAUAACCUGAUGGAGGGCAUUCAAAAAAACCUACAGACCUUGAUGUCGACAUUGCAUAAAGAACGGUCGCAGACAUCUAGCAUACCCAAGAAUGCUGCCGCCCGCGAGGGACUUGUCGCCACAGGUUUCUCAACGGGGAACCGAUCGGCAAAGGAGGCGGAGCCUGUGAAUGCCCCUGAGAGUACCUUCUCUGCACCGCCAUCUUUGAUCGCUGCUGAUGGUGGUAGCCUUCUCAAUGAUCUAGGGAAAGAUGAUUGGGAGAGACUUUGGACCGAUUUUGUGGCUGUGGCUCCUGAUUUAGAUGUACUCCAGUGGAACGCUUUGUUAGAGGAUGUGGAUUUUACUUCCCACUUGGAGAUAUUCUAG